UGCUGUUACAUUUUACCUAUGUAUUGAUAUUGGACCUUUAAAAUAGUUCUGUACGUUUCGAAAUUGGUCGUUGCGGUUACAGGCUUCAUCCCGCUAAUUCCGUUUAAUUUCUGUCGAUUUUAUAAUAAGCUUUCUACUGAUGUCUGUGCAGUCUGGAAAGUCAGCAUCUGUGGACUUCUGGUGCUGGGAUGAAGUAGUUCGUAAAACGAAAUCUACCGUUCUCGUGCUUGAGUCUCUGAGGUCAGAACAACAGCAGAUAUCUGCUGAUUUGGACUUAAUAGCAAAUUCUAAGGAUGCAGAUCAGCAUGAAAUUCUCUACGCCAAGGAAAAAGCAUCCUCUUUAGAUUCAAUUAUUCAGAAAAUUUGCAAAGGUUUAGAUGAUGCCAAUGUUGUAAUACUAUUUUGUGACUAUCUUCAAAAAGUAGAAGCAGAGAAACAAAAGUUACGGUAUCAGAGCCGUCGUCUUUUUCAAGAGAACUCCUGGCUGAGGGAUGAGCUUGCCGCUGCUCAAGAAGCACAUAGGAAAAGUGAACUAAAGAUAGUUCAACUUGAAGAAGAAGUGAAGCACCUUCAGUUCAGCAGUGAAUUGAAAAAGUAUGAUUCUUCCGAACCUGUAGACUCCUCGGGACUAGCUGAUGGUGAUAAAAAUAAUGACAAAACUGCCCUUGAUCUUGGGUUCCCUCCUGAUGAUAGAGAAGAAGGAGAUCAGUACGGGAUGACACAGAGUCAAACCGUUUCCAUGUCACAGGGUGUUCAUAAUUAUGAAAUACCAACACGUUUGCGAACACUUCACAACUUGGUGAUACAGUAUGCUAGUGAAGGUCGUUAUGAAGUAGCAGUCCCACUGUGCAAACAAGCUUUGGAGGAUCUCGAAAGGAAUAGUGGACGCAAUCAUCCUGAUGUUGCAACAAUGCUGAAUAUUUUAGCUCUUGUCUAUCGUGAUCAAGGAAAAUAUAGAGAAGCUGCAACAUUGUUGAAUGAUGCCCUAACCAUUCGAGAAAAAACGUUGGGUCCUGAACAUCCUGCUGUGGCUGCAACUUUGAACAAUUUGGCUGUGCUUUAUGGUAAACGUGGAAAAUACAAGGAGGCAGAACCAUUAUGUAAAAGGGCUUUGCUAAUUAGGGAAACUGUUUUGGGGCAAGAUCAUCCGGAUGUCGCAAAACAAUUAAAUAAUCUGGCUUUAUUAUGUCAAAAUCAAGGGAAGUAUGAAGAGGUGGAGUUAUACUAUCAACGCGCUUUGGAAAUUUAUAUACACGAUCUUGGGCCAGACGAUCCAAAUGUAGCUAAAACUAAAAAUAACUUGGCUUCAGCUUAUCUAAAACAAGGUAAAUAUGCUGAAGCUGAGAAAUUAUAUAAAGAGGUGCUUACACGAGCUCAUGAAAAAGAAUUCGGAAAAAUUUCUGAUACAAACAAACCUAUUUGGAUGCUUGCAGAAGAACGUCAAUCUGGUCAACUGACUAAUGCAAAUAAGGAUAUGAGUGAAACUAUUCAAUCAAUGUGGUCGCGUAUUUCUCGUUCGGAAAAUCCAACGGUUGGUACAACUCUUCGAAAUUUGGUUGCUCUUUACCGCAGACAAGGUAAAUUCGAUGCAGCAGAUAUAAUUGAUGAAUGUGCUUCGUACUCUAAAACAUCAUCUGUUUCUGAACCUGAUUGUGAUCAACUGGAACAUAAGCCACGCAUUCCGAUCAAUGACCAAUAUCCUAAGAGAGGUUAUCCACGCCAUCCAUAUCAACGUGUUGAAGAUAGAUCUAUGAUCACUUCUUCACGUAAUAUACUUGGCCCUCCCAAUGGUCAUCCUAUCAAUAGACGGUCAUUUCCUCCUAGUCGAGGGUUUUUCAGCAUCAAAAAAGCUCAAUCCAUGUCAACCCUUCCAGGAAGCUCUACCAAUAAGAUGUUUUAUGUGCAACAGGAAAGAUCUAGACAACUGCGCGGUGGUUCAAUUAAUCCAAAAGAAAUUUAUUCCCGUGAUAGUCAUACUCAUAAUAAUAAUAAUAAUUAUUAUUUUCCCGUUGAUGACUAUGGUACACGAUCCCAAUAUACGUUUGACUUUGUUCAAUAGUUUGAAUCAUUAUUUCCUUUUCCUUAACAGUUUAUUUAAAAUUAUUAAUUUAGCCAGUACGCCUGUGUCUCAUUAUUUUAUGCUUGUUUGUCUAUUCUCACCUCUGAUCUACGGUGACAGUUCAUAAUUCUUCUCUAUGUAUAUCUCUUUAUAUGUUUGUAACAUGUGAUUAGGUUGGUAAUUGUCUUAGUAGGAUUGGAUAAUUAAUUUUUGUUUCCAGUUUUAUGUAAGUGUAUUUGUCUUUUCAAUCCUGUUGCUGUUGUCUGCCAUCAUCAUCAUCAUUAUCAUCAUCAAUAUCAUAACCGGUUGCGAUUAUUAUAUUAUGAGUUCUGAAUAUGAACUUAUAUGAUCACUUAUUUUUUGGCUGUGAUGAAUCCAGUUGUGCAGAUCUAUAUGGGGAUUUUGUUCAACUUUCAGAAAAACUAUGUUGCACGCUUGCUAAAAAAAAACUGCUCACAUGUGUAUGUGUGUAUUAAUGCAUACGUGUGGUACUUCACGAUUUCUCUUUUUUCUUUCAUGUUACUAAACUAAGUUCCUUUUUUUAAGGAGCUGUAUAUCUCGAGUGUUAAUUCAUUUUUCAACAAAAAAAGAUGUAAUGAAACACUUAUUCAGCUAUAAUUUAUGAAGAACAAUGUUUGUGUUUUCGUCCUAUAUAUCUUAUAAAUCUUUGCAAAAUGGCAUAAAUCAAUGCGUUUUUCACUCUAUAGUCUCUUAUAACUUGAUUAUUAUUUUGUUUUAUCAUUCGUUGUUCAUUUUUAUUAAUGCAUAAAAUAUAUGCGCCUGAAUUUUGUUGAACUGUUUUCUGCAUGUUCAAUUGACUACAUUCCUCUCUCUUUCUCUCUCUCUCUCUCUCUGGCUAUCUCUACGCAUCUCGCUCAUCCAAACCGUAUUCGUUGGUGCUUAUCUUUGUGCGCAACUUAGACUUGAGAUAAGGGUACACGCAUAUAUUUUUGUUUCUUGUUCUUUCGUAUUCAAAUAAAUUUAUGCAUUUCCUGGCACAUUCAUUUCUUUUUUUUUCAUUACAAAUAUUCGUCUUUUUUUAAUUUACCACUUUCUAACUUCUGAAACUGUUAUACACUCCACUGCAUCCUCAUCCUAUGUAGGAUGAUAUUCUUUCAGUAUCCAAAAUUUUCUUCCGAACCAAGUGUAUGGUGGCAAUAUUCAACACCGCUAGAAUUAGUUACUAUAGCUUUGUUCAUAAAGUGCUUAGUGAAUAGAGUUUUUCAAUCUAUAACACAUCAUUAAUGAAUAGAUAUGUGCUGUGAUGUGCGGUAUCCUAGAGAUAUCGACGCGUUAUGUGCUGACCUCAAAAACUGGCUACCUAAGUGCGAAGGCAAGAGCAGAAGAGAAAAUCUAUUUGGCCAGCGGACAAUAUAUACAAAUCCUCGUUUAUAUAUAUAUAUAUAUAUAUAU